GAUAAGAUUGUUCACAAAUCACGGUCCUUUAAUUCUUUUGUUUUGUUGCUUCUUCUUCAAGUUUCUUCGUUGCCUUUCGUCUGUUGCAAAACUGUAACUUAUGGAAAGGAAGGGGGACGAUACGAUUGAUAUGUCCUUUUUCACUAUCAGACAAAAAUGGACGAACGAGCUGGAGAGGACCACCUUUAAGUUAUCUCUACUUUAUAAAUGAGUGGAAAAAUCCAAACCUAGCUAGAGGAGAACGUUUGUCGGUGUUAAAAAACAACGAUACAGGGGGAUACGACCUAAAGAUAACAGGACUCACCAGAGAGGAUGAUGUGGGACAUUACUUGUCUGAUGUUAACUCUAUCCCUCCACAACAAAGCAAAAUUCAACUAAAAUUGUAUAUGCCUCCCUCCAGCAUAGACAUUGAUUCCUACAAUGAAGAUGGUAUCUUAAGAAUCAAUGGUACAGAAGGCUCCCCUUUAAAUCUGUCAUGUCAGUCACCAGGUGCGGAUCCUGCCGCCAAUGUAUCUUGGUAUAAAGACUCGGCAUUAUUUUCUACUGGUUUUAAUACGACUAUGUACAGCUUUAUUCCUACAAGAGACCAUGAUCUACAGAACUACACAUGCACUGCAUACAAUCCAGCGUUAUCAAAGCCAAUGAGAAGAAAUGUUCAAAUAUUCCUUACCUCUAAACCCGGAAUCCCGGAGAUUUCUAAGAUUCCAAUUACAAAGGAGAAUGAUGAGAUGAUGGUCACGUGUUCAUCUUCCGGGGGUCGUCCUCCUGCAUCACUCUGGUGGAUAUUCCGGGGAACAUACUUAAAUUCCACAUACGUUACCUCUUUGAUCAACUCUUCUACUCAAACUUAUACUGUGAAUUCAAUGUUAGAUAUUAUUGUCAACAAAGAGGACAACGAAAAGAACAUUAUAUGCAUGGCAAAUAACUCUGUUGUGCCGACUGGACUUCAGUCAUCUCAGAGACUAACGGCGUUAUAUGUGCCUAGAAUUCUGGUUUUUAGACUUCAUGGCGGACCAGAAGUCAACGAAUCAGCUUCCUUUUCAGUGUUUUGCUCAGUCGAUAGCGCUAGUUUCACAAACAUGUCUAUCCGGAAUCAGAAAACCAAUGAAAUAUUCAGCACCAGUUCAUUUACAAAGACAUUGAACUUCACGGAAAAAUCAGCUAGAUGUUUUCAUACAGCUCCGUACAUAUGUACAGCAGAAAACCGAAUGGGGUCUACUGCAUCUGUUCCAUUACGGAUAUAUGUUAACUGUGGACCAAGAUCCAUGGAUGGAUUAACCUUUCUACAGAUUGCUGCUCCCUUAAAUGACAAGCUAGAAAUAUCAGCAAAUUAUCUCUCGUAUCCUACACCAUCUUUUCAGUGGAGCUUCCGCCAAACAACUACAUCACCGGAAGUUUCGUUGUCCGGUGAUUUUCAAAGAACGAGCAUCAGUAUAAAUAUUUCUUCAUUUUCUGUACAUUUGAAGAAGACAUCCCUAGAAGAAGAAGAUUUUGGUUAUUACAGUUUGAGGGUAUUUAAUGAUUAUGGAUCAUUUAUGACAACUUUUUACAUUACUCCUGAAGGUAAAUAA